ACAAAUUUGCCGCAACCUUUAAAUGUCAUGGCGAAUCUAUGUUUUUCGCCUUAGAUGCCAAUUUUGACAUUUGAGGGUACCACAAAAGUUGCUUUGUUGUAGCAAUUCGACGAUACGGUUACCUGUUAGAUCUACCAUGCAAAUAGUUAUACAGUAAAGAGCGUAAGACACUUUACGCUCACCCCUCUCCCAAAAAAUACUGAAAGAAAUGCUGUCACUUUUGCAUAACAACUCAUGUUUUUCUGUGUUAAAAGAAGAUUACAAAUUAGUGAACCGUUACGCCGAGUGUGGUUAAGAAUUCUUUUUUCAGUGCAGUUUUGACUAAGAAUGUGUGCCUACGAAAUAAAUCAAGAGCGACUGAUGGCGCUUUUAUCAGAUGUUGACAUGGAUCAAGAAGAAAAUAUUGGUGGCGAAAGCAGUGGUGAAAGCAGUGAUGAGGAAAUUAUGAGCAAUCAUGACUCUGGUUCUGAGCAAGAAUUUGAUAAAAAUGAAGAUAAUGAUGUAGUGCAAUACAUUGGGAAAGAUGGAAGUAUUUGGCAAAAUGUUCCAUUUCCAAAAACGCGAGCAACGGCUGAAAAUAUUUUCACAAAUGCUCCAAAAGUAACAGCUACGUCACAAAACGUAACUACCCCGUUUGAAAGUUGGGCAAUUUUUUUUAAUUUUGUGGACCUUGUUGUGGAAAAAACAAACAUUUACAUCUUGAAGGUGCAAGUAAAAUACAAAGAUUUGAAAAAUGCACGUUUAACACGUAGAGAUGAAAUAAAUGCUUUAUUUGGAUUGUUGUAUAUCGGUGGUCUACACAAGUCUUCACAUGUAAACGUAAGAGAUUUAUGGGCGUCAGAUGGUACUGGGUUAGAAAUAUUUAUAGCCACCAUGUCAUUCAAUCGAUUCUUAUUUCUAAUGCGAUGCAUUCGUUUCGACGAUGUUAACACCCGUAUGGAGCGUCGAAAAUUAGAUAAACUAGCCCCAAUACGAGAAAUAUUUGAAAUGUUCAAUCAGAAUUGUGAAAAAAAUUUUUCAUGCGGUAGUUAUAUAACGGUUGAUGAAAAAUUGGAAGGCUUUCGUGGACGCUGCAGUUUUAGACAAUACAUUCCUAAUAAGCCAGCUAAGUAUGGUAUAAAAAUAUUUUCCGCGGUGGAUUCAACAACAUAUUACACAUCUAAAUUGGAAAUCUAUUGCGGCCAACAACCACUGGGUCCAUAUAAUUUAUCAAAUAAGGCAGAGGCAGUAGUAAGACGAAUAAUCCAACAUCUCCAAAACUCGGGUCGAAAUAUAACGACUGACAAUUGGUUUAAGUCUUACAGUCUAGCAGAAUAUUUGUUGGAAAAAAAAACUACGCUUGUUGGAACCAUACGAAAGAAUAAGCGUGUUUUACCCCCCUCAUUUUCUCAACCCAAAAAUCGGGAAGUUAAAUCAACAAUUUUUGGAUUUAGAAAAAAAUCUACGAUCUUAUCGUACAUUCCAAAACGGAAUAAGUGUGUUUUGUUGCUCUCUACAUUUCAUAGAGAUGGAAAAAUACUGGAUGGUCCAAAGUGUUUACCAGAGAUUGUUGAAUUUUACAAUAAAACUAAAGGUGGAGUCGAUACGACUGACCAGUUAUGUGCUACAUAUAAUGUUGCCAGAACUUCAAAUCGCUGGCCUUUGUUGGUAUUCUAUUCGCUUAUGAACUUGGCUGCCAUAAAUGCACGUAUAGUUUUAUUAUGCACUAAAAAUCCACCACUGAAAUAUAAAAAGCGAUCACUUUUUAUAAAAGAUCUUGCAUUCAGUCUCAUUGCGCCACAGAUAGAAAAGCGUAGCAAAAUUAGCACAUUAUCAAAUAACCUAAAAUUAAGCUGUCAAAAAUUUGCGAAGAAGUUCUGUGCUAACAUUGACGAACAGCAGAACAUAUCACCACCAGCCAUAAGACUUAAACAAUCCCGCUGCCAGGUAUGCGGUAAUGCAAAGGAUCGAAAAACUAAGACGACAUGCUGCAAAUGUGAAAUUUUUAUUUGCAAAAGUCACACCAACCCUCUUUGUACGUACUGCUAUGGACCAGCUUUGCAAGAUACGAACUUAAUCUAUGACGAUAUGUUUACAUGCUGUAAUGAGUAACUUAAAUUUCUUUCCAAAUUAGUUCGUAAAAGGAUCAUAAUGCAAAAACUCAAGAAGUUGAAGCUGAUUUUGCAAAGUGC